AUGAAUGUAUGUUGCUUACUCGAUAAUUCUCAGGUUGCUUUUGGUGUGGACUUAGACCUGCUGAAGACUAGUACACCUUUCCCUAAAGCCAUCGAGACAUGUCUAAAGGGGAUGGUGUACAGUAUCGAAGACAUAUUUUUUCAGUUCAAUCCAAAGAACAGACCAUUCAUUAAAGAAGUGAGGGAAGCGUGCCGCCUGCUGCGCACAACUGGGGCUCAGUGGAUCCAUGAAAGAAAGACUGCCAUGGAAAAUGGCGAUGACGUUCCUAAGGACAUCCUCACACAAAUUAUCAAAUCUGCUGGCCAAGAGGACAGCAUGACUAAAGAAGAUGAGGAGUUCAUGUUGGACAACUUUGUGACAUUCUUCAUUGCUGGACAAGAGACAACAGCUAAUCAACUGGCUUUUUGCAUCAUGGAACUUGCAAGACAUCCUACUAUACUUGAGAAAGUGAGGCAAGAGGUGGAUGAUGUCAUCGGGUUGAAACUGGACAUAAGCUAUGACGACCUGGGUCAGCUGAUCUAUCUCUCACAGGUGCUAAAAGAGACUCUGAGGAUUUACCCGACAGCCCCAGGUACAUCUCGUGAGCUUCCUGAAGACAUGGUCAUCAGUGGUAUCCACAUACCCGGAGGAUGCAUAUGUAUUUUCAGCUCCUAUGCGACUGGCAGAAUGGAGAAAUUCUUCAAGGACCCACUGACAUUUGAUCCUGACAGAUUUCACCCAGAUGCUCCGAAGCCUUAUUACUGCUACUACCCCUUUUCCCUGGGUCCACGCUCCUGUCUGGGACAGAACUUUGCUCAGAUGGAAGCUAAGGUGGUGAUGGCCAAGCUGCUCCAGAGGUUUGACUUCACUCUUGUCCCGGGACAGACCUUUGACAUCCUGGACACUGGCACACUCAGGCCAAAGAGUGGAGUGGUGUGCACUGUCAGUCACAGGAAUGAUAAGAAAUAGAUGGUCAUACAGUACCAUAGCAUAAGAACAAACCAUAACUGUCCAUGUGGUGAAACUGGGUUGUUGAGUUGCUGAAACCAGCUAACCAGCUUACAGCAAAAAGUGCAUCAUAAGUUCUAUUUUUUUUAAAAUAAUAUUUCUUUAUUCUUUGUAAAUAAAAUAAUAUCAGAUUAAAUUCAGUGCCCAGUAUAUUCAGUUGAAAUGGUGAUUAUGGUAAUGAUGAUUAUUCCCUUUCUGGGUAAGUUACAGUAUCAUUCGCUCUUUAAUUUUGCUGAAAUAACCAUUUAAUUCUGUGUAAUUGCACUUUUAAUACCACUGAGGCAGUGAACCUUUUGUCCUUUUAAGGCUAAUAUAAAAUACAGAAUAUGCAAUUAAUAAUGAUUUUUACUGAUGCAAAAGUAAUUUUGUUACUUGAAUAUACUGAUGAUGAAUUACUAUCUGAUUUCACUCAGACUUUGCGUACUUUUGGCCAUUACUGACGGCGUACACAAGAGGGCGCUGUUACCUGACAAAGAAAUUUCUGCAGUACCUGUUAAACUAUAGUCUCUCAGUCAUGUCAGAGUGAUUUCGGGGGGUUGUUAUAAUUUUUGUAAUACAAGAUUGUUAAGAUGUAGUGGAAGCUGAUAUUAGUAUAUUGGGGUUAUUUUGCAUUUUGAAAGAACAGAAAUUAGGAAAAUUAUGGCUACAAAUGUUUCAGGAUAGAGAGUUGUUUAAUAAAUGUGUACUUGAAUGUAGUAAAAUAUUUUAUAAUAUC